CUCAUUGUCCCGUCGUACUUGUUGACUUCCGUGAACGUUAACUUAUUCUGAACGGCCGCGCCUAAUUCAAAAAUACGCAGACACACACAUACACGUAUAUAUAUUAUAUACACAUUUUACGCAUGUUUAUAUAAUAUAUAUUGUCCUCAAAAUCGGGAAGAACUCAUUUUUAAGAUAAUACAGCAGUUGCUUUACGUAUAAUACAAAAAUAUAGUCAACCAACAAACGUACGUAGUACACAACAUCGCAGUAACGACGGGCCCGGACGGCGGCCGUUAAACGGCAAUGACCGGCGGCCACGACCGUUGAACGAAAAUGAUGAACGAAGACGACGGCGACGGUGGUGGUGGUGACGACGGGGUGGGUAGCGUCGGUGGCGGUGGUGGUGACGACGGAGGCGGAGCCGAGAUCGACGACGACAGACGAUCGGUGCGGCACCACGGGAAGCACCAUAAAAUGGCACCGCCGAGCCGAUGGUCGUCCGCAGUCGGGCACCAUCACCGGCACAACAUGCUGGUGGCUAGUCACAACGACACGGCAGCGGCCAGGACGUCACCGCACGUGCUGCACGCCGCCCCGGACAGCAUGUGCUACACGACCAACGAAGUGCUCGUCAUAAUAGCCGUCACGUGUUUUCUCAACUUUGCGUUCAUAUUGCUCAUUAUGACAUGCGUGCACUGCUUCACCGACCCGACGCAUCACAAAAAAUUUGGUUCCGUAGCAUAUGCAGAACUAGGAGAUGAGCUUUUUGACACGGACAUGAUAGAUGGAGACACAGUGACGUUGUUGAACCCGACGAAAUCUCAGGAUGCCAAUGACUAUUUAUACGAGAAGAAAAACAGUUUCAAUGAGUAUGAUUUGGAAUCAUGCGCGUCCUACCAAUGUCUAAUGCAUGACCACCAGUGCAAGUCUCAAAUGAAAUCCGAAGAGGAUCUGUUUCUAUUCGAAUGACCUCGAAGGCUAGUCGCAUCGAACCGUCACCGGAUUCGAUCCGACACGCUAAAAUUGAAAACCUUGGGUAAAGUCGAAAAGAAACUACACCGGUUCAACAAGAUCAAAUUGGGUCCGCGCAAAAAUUCCACGAAUGGUAUACGUGUCUCGGAGAACCAGGUGGAAACGACAAUCUAUUAGUUACUGCGAAAAAUGCUUCAACAUCUUUUCGAACACAUCUAAUAAGUUUGUACUUCCCACAUGAUAAUAAUAUUAUUUAUCUACGCACUCUCGAAAAAAUCAAAUUACCACGGUCUCAGACCAGAAGCGUGUCGAGAACCUUAUCUUAUUAACUGAUUCAUAUCUGAUAGUCUAUUAUAGAUAAAAUUAUUGAUAUUAGAAACAUAAUUGUAUUACAAUAUGUCAUCAUGUACUUAUUAGUUAUAA